CCGUCUGCUCAUCUUACUAAAGCAGAAAUGUCAGGCUGAUUUGAAGUUAUGGCACAGACAGUUGGGCAGAAGGAGAUAAAGCAAUAAAGGGCAGACUAAGGAAAAUUUCAACUGGCCGGUUUGCUCCAGGCUGUUUGAAGGGCUGCACACGUCACACUCACUCUUCGGCUCUCUUCCAAACAUCCACGACUACAGACACUACACUAGAGAGAGAGAACAAUCCAUCACAUUAUUCAGCAGAUUCCACAUCUCCUACCAUAAAUACCGAUUCCUCAGUGCAACUUCAUCGCAGCAUCAUCCAAACCACACCAGAGACUCUACCAGUGUGUGUGUAUGUGUGUGUGUGAAAGUGCAUGUCUGUGUCUGAUCCCUCCUCUUUAGUCGACACUCUUGGAGGUGUUUUUGUGCCUGUGCUCAUCAGAGCGUGUUGAAGGUGUGUGUGAGGAUGCGGCCCGGGUGUGUUUUGGUCUUUUCUACAUGCAUCUCUGUGUUUCUCCACCACGCUAUUUCACAGCCACCCACAGAAACUGACACCUACACGGAAUGUACAGAUGGGUAUCACUGGGAUCCACAGACUCAACACUGCAAAGAUAUAAAUGAAUGUGAGACAAUCCCAGAGGCCUGUAAGGGAGAGAUGAAGUGCUUCAACCACUAUGGUGGGUACCUGUGCCUUCCUCGCUCUGCCUCGGUCAUCCCUGCUUCCGAACCUCCCAACCAGAUCCACCCCAACCUGGAGAACACGGCCAGUGAGCCAUUCAACCCAUGCCCGCCAGGUUUUGAGCCCCAGGGAGACAGCUGCGUGGAUGUGGAUGAGUGUGAACAGGACAGUCACGACUGCCAGCCCAGUCAGCAGUGUUUGAAUACAGAAGGCUCCUUCACCUGCCAGUGUCCAGAUGGGUAUCGCAAAGUGGGCACAGAAUGCAUCGACAUUGACGAGUGCCGGUACCGCUACUGUCAACAUCGCUGUGUGAAUGUCCCUGGCUCGUUCUCCUGCCAGUGUGAGCCUGGUUUCCAGCUGGCUGCCAACAAUCGCUCCUGUAUUGAUGUGGAUGAGUGUAGCAUGGGGGCCCCCUGCAGUCAGAGGUGUUAUAACACGUACGGGACGUUCCUGUGUCGAUGUGAGCAGGGUUAUGAGCUGGGGCCAGAUGGCUUUGCCUGCAAUGACAUAGACGAGUGCAGCCACUCCAGUUACCUGUGCCAGUAUCAGUGUGUUAAUGAGCAUGGCAAAUACUCCUGUGUCUGUCCUGAAGGAUAUCAGCUCCUGGGAACGCGCCUCUGCCAAGAUAUAAAUGAAUGUGAGACAGGAGCUCAUCAGUGCUCGGAUGGACAGACGUGUGUGAACAUUCAUGGAGGGCACAAGUGUGUUGACCGCAAAAGCUGUGAGGAACCCUACGUACAAGUGUCAGACCGCUGUACAUGUCCUAUCACAAAACCUGGCUGUCGAGACUUCCCCUACUCCAUUGUGCAUCGCUACAUGAGCAUCACGUCUGAGCGCUCCGUCCCUUCAGAUCUCUUUCAGAUUCAGGCCACCAGCGUCUCACCUGGAGCCUACAACACCUUCCGUAUCCGCUCUGGAGAUGACAAUGGAGACUUUUACAUCAGGCAAAUCAACAACAUCAGCGCCAUGCUUGUUCUUGCCCGUGCCGUGAAUGGCCCCAGAGAAUAUGUGCUAGAUCUGGAGAUGGUUUCUAUGAACCCCCUCGUGAGCUACCACACCAGUUCUGUCCUGCGCUUGACCAUCUACGUUGGGCCUCAUGCCUUUUAACUGAGAGAGAUGUAGAGAUGCCCAGAGAGGGGAAAAAAGGGGGUGGAAGAGUGGAAGCACUGAUUGAUUCAUCCAACAAGCAGGACUUAUGAGCUGGAUAUGUCUGCCAACUGACAGACAUCAUUAACUAGACUGUAGAGAAGUCAUUUUCACGAGACAUGUACCAACUUAUAAAACCUCUACAUCAUAAAUAAUAAAAAAGGCUAUUAGAGACAGGCACUAUAUAUUAUUUAGGACAAAAUGCCAAUGAGAUAACAACCCACUAUAUUGUGCCAUAUGGAAAAUGGCCAAGUAACUACCUGCACUAUGAUUCCAAACCUGCUGUACAACCAAUGUAAACUGUCUUUUGUCAUUUCUAAAAAUAGCCUCUUUCUCAGGAUGAGGGCUGCAGCUCUGCAGACUCUUUCCACUGGUUCGCUCUUCCAGUUCAGAUGUCAGCAAUAAUUAAUCCCUCCUAUUCAAAUAAAUGUAGCAAUAACAAUAUCAAUGCUGUAAAAAUCAUCUCUCUAUGUUCUUAGUGUCAAAAAGCCUCUUUUAAUUUUCCACUAUGCAUAAUCUAUCUCUGCGUUAAGUAUUGUUUUUAUUCAGUGUUGUUAUUCAGUAACCACUCAGUCUUUCCAAACCUCUACCCCACCACCACCAUCAAUAAUGCUUAUGUUACUUUGUGUAGUUUUUUUGUAUUUUUUAAUAACAUGCUGCCGUUGUUGUAUUUCAAUCCUGGAUUUAUAAUAAAUUUGAUAAGACCAUAAAA